AUGCCUGUUCACCACGAAAUGAAGGAACUUUCUGAGUCCGUAAUCGACGUGGAAGUGACGUGGUGCUGGCGUAAACUAUUGCGAAUCGGUGCGUGUGUCAUUAGGUUCAUUGACAAUCUCCGUCGCAAAGUGAAGGGACUUCCAAUACGUACGCUGCAGGCAAUUCAGAAGCUGAAGAAGUUGUUAAAGUCGAACCAUAAAGCAACGCUACAACCAUUACAGCAAGACGAGUUCCUGAAGGCCGAAUUAAUUUUAUGGAGGCAGGCACAACUAGAGGCGUUUCCGGAUGAGGUAGUAACGCCUUUGGGAAACGACUUAUCGAAAAAGAACCGGAAACCAAUGCAGAUCGGAAAACGGAGCUUAUUGCAUAAACUUACUCCGAUCGUUGACGAGAACGGUGUGCUUUGGAUGGAAGGCAGGAUGGCAAAUUCGAAGACAAUAUCUUUCAACACGAAGUUUCCCAUUAUUCUACCGAAAGGGCAUGCAGUAACUAAGCGAUUAAUACAACAUUACCACGAAAAGUUUGGCCAUGCAAACCGGGAAACGGUCUUCAAUGAGCUUCGGCAGGAGUUCUAUGUUCCAAAUCUGCGAACUGAAAUCCGGAAAGUCGCAGCUGACUGCAUCUGGUGCAAGGUGAACCGUUGUUAUGCAGAAAUUCCGAUGAUGGGACCCCUUCCGGUUCAGCGAAUUAGUCAACCUCUUCGGCCAUGCAGUGCUGUUGGUAUCGACUAUCUAGGGCCAGUGGUUAUCGUGGGUCGCAAAAGAGAAAAGUGGUGGAUAGCACUGUUCACAUGCUUGGCUAUCCGCGCAGUGCAUCUAGAGGUGGUGCAUGCAUUGUCGACGCAAGCUUGUUUAAUGGCCAUUCGACGAUUCAUUUGUAAACGGGGAGCUCCAGACGAAAUCUUCUCCGACAACGGCACAAAUUUCAAAGGAUCCAGUAAGGAGCUGAUUUCGUGGGUGAAAAGGAUUAAUUUGGAAUGUGCCGAUUCAGUAGUUAGUAGCCAACUCAAAUGGAAUUUUAAUCCUCCUGGUACUCCACACAUGGGAGGUAUUUGGGAGAGGAUGGUUCGUUCUGUUAAAGAAGCGAUGAAAGUACUGGAUGACGGAAGCCGACUGACGGAUGAAGUAUUGCUGACUAAUUUGGCCGAAGCGGAAGACAUGGUGAACACUCGACCGCUAACCUAUGUUCCCCAAGAUUCAGCGGACUACGAAGCGAUAACACCGAACCAUUUCCUCCGAGGUAUGUUCAAGCCAGUCGAUGUUCAUGUGGAUAAGUCAACAGACUACGGUGAAGCAUUGCGCGAUCUAUACAAACGUUCGCAAUAUUUGGCGGACCAGAUGUGGCGGCGUUGGUACAAAAAGUAUUUACCGACAAUCAACAAGCGCACCAAGUGGUUUGCUGAACGUAGGUCGUUGAAGGAGGGAGAUUUGGUUUUCGUUGUGGAUGGACAGAAUCGUAAAAGUUGGGUUAGAGGAAUAGUCGAAAAAGUAAUCGUAGGAUCGGAUGGCAGAGUUCGGCAGGCAGAUGUUCGUACAAUGAGUGGCAUAUUUCGCCGUGGCGUAGCCAAUCUUGCAGUGCUGGAGGUUCAUGGUAAAUCCGGAACUCCUGAAGGAAGGGUACCGGAGUUACGGGCUGGGGUGUGUUAA